GUGAAAUCGAUAUUACAUUCCGCAAGUUCGCUUGAAAUUUCUCAUUGGAAUUGUGUAAAACAAAUAUGAAAGAUAUGAAUUCUAUAAAUAAAAAUAACAUUUCAGAACUAACGAAAUUAGCGAGGAAAUUUAAUUGUUUUUAUUUAUCAGGACUUCAUCAAGGAAUAUGUAAGCCGUUUUUAGUAGCUGGACACCAAGUAGGGCUUGUUCGUCCAGAUAUACUAAAACAUCUUCAAAGAUUCCCGGAGGUAUUCAGAAUUACUGGUAAAGUUGUGGAACUCAAUCCUGCAUUCAGAGACUACCAAGAAAGAACCUCGAAAGUUGCUGGAGUAUUACAAGGUUUACGUAAAGAAAAUGAAUUAUGUGCUCUCAAGGGUUGGCGAGAUGAGUGUUUCGAGGUGAGCACCCUAUUCCAUCACGAAAGCCUGCUGGAAAUGGACAGGAGUGCAACAUGUCUUUUUGGUAUAAGAAACUAUGGGGUCAGUGUAAAUGGCUACUUGUUUCACCCAGUUAAAGGACUUUGUAUCUGGUUACAGCAGAGGAGCUUUACUAAGCAGACAUGGCCAGGAAAGUGGGAUUGUUUUGUUAGUGGUGGAUUGGCAGUGGGCUAUGGAAUUCUGGAAACUUGUGUAAAAGAAGUUGCAGAGGAAGCGUCUGUUGUGGGUGAGUUAGUAAAAAAGUUGGUGCCAGCUGGUUGUGUUAGCUUCUACUUUGAAAGUGAAAGAGGGUUGUUUCCUAAUACGGAAUAUGUGUAUGAUCUUGAGCUUCCAUUGGAUUUUGUCCCAAAAAAUGCAGAUGGUGAAGUAGAAACAUUUGAACUUUUGACUGCAGAAGAAUGUGUGCAAAGAGCUCUUUCCCCUCAUUUUAAAACCACAAGUGCUCCAGUUCUAAUGGACUUCCUUAUAAGAAGGGGAUAUAUAAAUCCUGAGAAUGAACCGAACUACAGAUACAUUGUGGAAUUACUUCAUGUACCAUUGCAGACAAUCUACAACUGGCCCCAUUCUGAUAUUUCAUCUAAUGGUGAUGUACAGAAUUUAGAGUGUUAAUCAGUUUAUAGCUGUUUACCUAGUUGGAUUUGAUUGUAUUAUUUAAAUUUGUUUGAAAAUUUAUUAGAAUGAAAUAUUUAUUGGUACUUUUAUAUUUACCUCGUCUUAGACAUUUCCAAGGUAUUUUUAUGAAUAAAAUUUUCAUUGAUAAAUGGCCUAACUUAUAACUAAUAUUAGGUGUUACGAUUGUAUUCUUUCGAAUGUAAGGUAAAUAAAGACCAAGUCCUGAUAAUUUCGUAGUCUUGUUGGAAAUUAUUAGAUGCCGCGAUAGUUUAGCUAGGAAUGUUUUAAUUUCUGUGAUACUUUACCAGUGUGGUAUAAGGUAUUUGUAUGUAAUUUUAGUUGGAUUCAUUACCUCUUAGAACUGUUUGCCGAUUUAUCAUUUAUAUUUCUUAAAAACAAAUAUAAAAGUAAUCCCAGUGGAUAUUUAAUAACCUUAAAAUAAUGUCAUGUGAAUCCAUAAUCUAGUCAUGCAAUUAUGGACAAAUUACACUGGGAUAUAUUAUAAUGGAUGGAUGGAUAAAUUGGACUGGUUACAUUUAUUUUAUUAAGUGUUUUUGGUGUCUAUUAUUAAAUUUCUACACGAAAUAUUGUCCAAUAUUCCAUCAGUCAAUCCUAAGUCCGGCUACAUGCUAAAGUAUCACCUCGCGCUUGCUUAUACAUUACUAUCGUCUCGUUGAUGAUAUAAAGAUUUGUUUGUAAAGUAAUUAUGUAGCCGAACUGUUGAAUCUUUUAAAACAAAUGAUUAAAUAUUCGACAAACUUGAUCCUGUUUCAUGGUUAUUUUGCAACGAUUACUUUUAAAAAUAUAUAGUAUUGUCAUCGUCAUGCCAUUUGUAUAACAAAACGAGGAAUUUUAAUUUUAUUAAUUGUAUUGUAUUAAUCAGACAGGUUGAUUUAUAUUUCACUUUGAUCAUGUCGAUUUGCCUAGUAUAUUUUAUAAUGUAUUAUAGAUAUAGUCGUGUAGUAUAAUAAUAUUUGAUAUGCUAGUGGUAUCUAAAUAACGUCAACAAUUUUAUACAUUUCUAUCGAGUAAUGUUUUUGACGAAAGACUAACUAUAUUAUUAUACCACGAAGAUUAUCUUGAUUUAUUAAUUAAUGUAAUCGUUUAUAUUUACUUCAUAUAGGUAAAUAGAUUUUCCUAAGGGAUGAAAUAAAAUUAUUAAAAAUAA